AUAUUAGCUAUUAGUCACUAUCAUAUCUUAUUACAAAAUGACAAAAGGUUAGAUAUAUGUCACUAUCUUCUCCUUUGUCUUUUCUUCUAUCUUUGAUUUCUUGUGUGUCUUCUUGCCUUUUUUAUUUCUAUCUUCUUCUUCCAUUUGUCAAAGUAGCCAAGAUAGUAGGACCACCUAUCACAAAAUGACAAAUGUGUCUUUAAAAUGAAUCCUUAUCUUCUACAUCUUGAUCUUUAUCUCUUUUUUCACAGUAAGAGCUUUAUUCGGAUGAUGUGGACAUGACAUCUUCAAUUAUCUUUUCUUUUCUCGGAGAACAAAAUUCACACGUCCCUUUGACGUGCUUUCUCAUCUCACAUAAUCGUUGUUGUGCUUGUGGACCUGAUUAAUAAUAACAUGUCAACAUUAGAAAUAAAGAUUAGACAAGAAAACAGUGAAGAUAAAUUUGAUAAAAUAACUAACUCACUAAGAUGCGAUGAAAAAUUUAAUGAUAUAGAUAUAGAAUGAAAAGACAUCCUACUUUUGCAGAUAUAAAAAUAGAUAAUAAUUAUUUAUGAAAGUUUAGAAAACACUUAAAAGAUACCCAAAACAGUAAAGAAAAAUGCAAAAGAUUAUUACGUUUAAUGUUAAAAGAUAACAAAAGCGAGAUAGAUUCUAUAAUUAGGACAAAACGAAUUCUAGAUGAUCAUGAUGAAGUCAUAAAAGGACUAACAUAUAAUAUAAAACUUAUUAAAAUUGAGAUUGAAACUCAUCCUUCAAGUAUAGGAUAAUGAAACGACAACCCUCCUUCACAGAGAUAAGGUUAGAUAACCGAUUAUAUUGGACAUCUCAAAGAAAUUUAAAAAAUGCUAAGAUAAAAGACGAGGCUCUUAAAAGAUAUUCACAAAAAUUAGAUCCUACCAUGUCCGAACAGAUAAAGAGAGUACAAGAAAAAAUACUUGCUAAUAAUGAGGAUAUAAUAAAUGAAAAUCAUAAUAUAAAUUUACUAAGAAACUAUUAUUUCAAAAAUCAGAUAGCUAGUCUAGGAUAAAAUGGAAAAUAAAUCCAAUUAUAAAUUACUGAAUGAUCAAGAUCCUCUAAAAAUAGAGCAAGAUUUAUAUGAAAUACAAAGAACGAUAAUUUAUUUCGGAAAUUUAAUAGUUAAAGAAAUUCAAACUUUAAAAGAAAUACUAGAUCAAAAAGAAAUGAAAAUUGAUAAAGAACCUAUAAAUAAAACCUUAGAUAUUAUAGGAUCCCAUGUUUCAAAAAUAAAAAUACCUGAAGGAUACAGAGGAAAUAAUUUAAAAUGGUAAACUCCGAUUCCGAAAAUUCAGAAAUAGAUAGCCUUAUAAUAAAUAUAAAAGGAACCCAGUUAAAAAAUGAAGGCGAUAUGAUAAACUUAAAAAUGGAUACAGUCAAACCAGAAGUAGAUUUUAAUCCCAAUAUUACUGAGUUCCCUACUCAGGCUGAAACCAGCCGAACAAGUUUUAAUAAACCCUCUAGGGUUUAUGCAGGAAUAAAUGCUGCAAUAAGAACAAAAGAUAGUCACACUCCAGUAGGAUCAAUGAAAACUGAAGCGAUUAAUCCAUUUGGAAUAUAUUUAGAUUUAGAUUGUAUUAAUAAUACAGAGGAAGCUAUAGAUAAAUGAGAAACUUCUUUAAAGAUAGCAGUAACAGUAAAUAAAAUGGAUUAUGGCACCACUAAACAUUUUAUAGAACGAAGUCUAUUAAAUAGUGUGUUAAGAUUUUGGCAAAAUUUAAAUGAUGCCACACGAAAUGAUAUUUUCGAUGCCGAUGAUAAUAUUGCUAAUUUAAUUACAAGAGCUACCGAAGCUAUAAGAUUAGAAUUUGCCGGAGAAGGUAAUAUUUUAAAAGACCCUGCAACGAUUAAAAAAUACGAGAUUGCUUUGUUAAGAUUACAAUUAUGUGAUAUGUGUGAAAUAGAUAAAUAUAUUUGUGUUUUUCAAGAUUAUUAUUACUAUGUUUACAACAGAGGUAAAAAUACAGAAAUGUAUUUACCGAUGUUUUUUACUAAGAUACCAAACCCUUGGGGUAAAAAGUUAAUAGAUACUUAUAAUCCCGGAACAACCGAUACUUUAGGAAAAAGAAUUACUCAUUUAAAAGAUAGUCUUAGUACAUGGUGUGCAGAUGCCAUAUUAGCUAAAACAUCAAAAGGAUUAAGAAAGAAAGUAAGCCUAUGUUGUGAUAAUCCUAAAAUGCCUAUAAUGAUUGGAUGUGAAAGUCCCUAUUAUUACAAAAAGAUUAAAAGAAAAUAUAAGAAAAAGAAACUCUUUAAGAAAAAAUAUUUUAAAAAGAGAAAGGCUAGAUAUUACAAAAAGAAAGGAUAUACACAAUAUCAAAAACCUUUUUACAAAAGAAAUAAUAAAAAAAAUAAUUCAAAAGAAUGUAGAUGUUACUACUGCAAGGAGAUAUGACACUAUGCCAAUAGAUGUCCAAAGAAAUUUGCCAAUAAUAACAAGAAAAUAGAAAUCGAUGAAGAUAUCGAAGAAAUGAUAAAUUUAGAAGAAUUUAUACAACUAAAUAACUUUGAAGAAGUAGAUUCCGAUGAUACAAUAUUUAUUUUAACUGAUACAGAUUAUUAUUCUUCGUCAGAAGAAGACGGUCAAAAUGAAUAAUGAAAUAGAAACUGAUAUAAUAGAAGAAACGAAAGAACAAGUUGAAGAAUAUAAACAAGAUAUUUUUAUUGACAAAAGAAAAUUAAAACAAAUACAAAAAGAAAAGUUUUCUUUGACUAACUACUCAGGAUUUGACGUAAAUAUACUUGAUAGAUUCGGAUUAAGAAAAAGACAACAUCAUUUAUUUUAUGGAUUAAAUAUCCAAGAAAGAGCGUUAGAAGUUUCAGUUACUUCUAAUAAAAUAAUGAUUCCUUUAUUAUCCAAAAAAGAUAUUCAAGAUAAAUUAAAAAAAAUAAAAACAGAAAUUCAAAAUACUCUAGGAUGGAUACAUAUAGGAGCAAUCCAGAUAAUAAUAAAAUUCACAUUUAGAGAAGGAUUAGAUACCCCAAUAGAUUUAGCUAUUAUAGAUAAUAGUAUAAUAAACAGGAAAGAAGCCUGCUUAGAAAUACUACGAGGAAAUUUACAAUACGGAAAGAUUAAAUUUAAUGUUUAUCCUAGAAUUUCAUACCAUCUUCUAGAUAAAAACUUUGAUAAAACUUUAAGCUUAAUACAAGAUUUUAAAAGAAAAGAUUUCUUUCAUAAAUACAAUAGACCCUAUUCGAUAACAUAUAUAAUAUCAUAUGCUAUUUCUAAUACACAUCAUUCUGAUUGCUUUGUCAUAAAAGAGACAAUAGAUUAUCCCCAUCUAUUCGAGGAAGUUAGUCAGAUACAAAUGCCUAAUAUAACGCAGAUACAAGAAAUAGAAGAUACGCCGUUAGAUUUAGAUUUACAAUCUAAAUCUUUGUACAACCAACAAAAUUCCACCUCUCGAUUAUCCUUUGAGGAGACUCGAGUCAUAAAUCCUACAGUAAUGAUAAGAAGAACACAGUCAGAAAGAGUUAGACAACCUAUCUUAGAAGCAAAAAAUGAUGAAAUAAAAAACUAUAAGAUAAAAGGAGAAUAUUUUAAUGGAAUACAAUUUGUUCCCAUUAACAUCCUAUUAGAUACAGGUGCUAGUGGAAAUUACAUUAGCCUUAGGCUAUGUAACCAUCUCCAACAAUAUAAAUUAAAAGAUAAUCAUCUUUAUACUGAUUUUAAUGGAAAGAGACAUGAAAUAACAAAUAUGAUAGAAACCAUUUUAAAAUUCAAAGAUAAUACUAUACCUAUAAGACUAUUGGUUGAACCAGAAGGAAAUAAUGAUAUGUUAGAAAUACUACUAGGAACCACUUUCCUAGAUAGUGUAAAACCAUAUGAUAUUCUUGAUCAUGGUAUCAAAAUUACUUACAACGAUAAGAUAAUUUCCAUAUCAAAAUGACAAGUCCAUAUAGUAUCUAUAUACCAAUAGGAAUAACUUAUAAAGAUUACAAAGCAGAAUAUUUUGCUGCCUAUAUAGAUAACGGAUCAGGAAUAUGCUGUUGUAGACCAGAAGUAUUCCCCAAAGAAUACCAUCAAGAAUUACCCAUUACUAAGGGAAAAGAUAUAUCUAAUAAUAUCGUAACAAUGUCUAAAGACAUUGCUCAACCAAUCAUACUACUAGGAUAUUUUCUAAUAAAAUGUCCUCCAUUUUAUUUCCAUAAUACCGGACAAGAUAUUCUAUUAGGAAAUAACUUUUUAGAAAUGUUUCAUACCGUUUUAUACGAUAGAAUUUUAUUUCAAAUAAAAUUCAAAACUCCUUGCCAACAUAUUAUUGUGGUAAAACGAUUUAAAACUGCUUACUCCAAAAGAUUACCUAUUCACUUUAAACCCCGCACAGCCCAGCGUGGUGAUAUAGGAUAUCAAGAUAGACCAAUUUUUCUAAAAAGUACCCCAUUACUUCAAUACGAUACGGAUUGGGACAACCCUCAAACAAUAAAUAAACAAUCUAGCAACUUGUUAGAAUAUCAAAUAACUUUUAAUAAAUUAGAAGAAAGUUUAGACAUGAUUAAACAAAAGUUAGAACAAUGUUUUUCAGAAAAUCCUUUAGAAUUUUGGGAUAAAAAUAAGAUAGAAGCCAAGUUAGAAAUGAAGGAUAAAGAUAAAAUUAUUAGAGUAAAACCAAUGAGAUACAACCCCGAUGACCAAAAAGAAAUCCAAAAACAGAUUAAGGAAUUAUUAAGUCUUAGAAUAAUAAGACCUAGUAACUCCCCUCAUAGCUCACCAGCCUUUAUGGUUAGAAACCAUGCAGAGAUAGUAAGAAAUAAACCAAUGAUGGUAAUUAACUAUAAAAAAUUAAAUGAUAAUACUAUAUUUGAUGAAUAUUUCUUACCACAUAAAGAAAGCCUAAUUAAUAGAACUACUAACAAAAAGAUAUUUUCUAAGUUUGAUUGUAAAAGUGGAUUUUGGCAAAUAAAAAUGAAUAAAGAUAGUAUUCAUUAUACCGCAUUCUCUACCCCGCAAGGACAAUAUGAAUGGUUAGUCAUGCCAUUUGGAUUAAACAAUGCACCACAAAUACUUCAAAGAAAAAUGAAUAAUAUCUUUAAAGAUUAUGACUAUAUAUUUGUCUACGUUGAUGAUAUUUUAGUUUUAUCCGAUAGCCUUGAAGAACACUUGAUACACCUAAAUAAAUUUACUAACUUAUGACUAGAAAAUGGAUUAGCACUUUUUAAAAAGAAAGCAAGCUUAUUAAAAAAUGAGAUAGAAUUUUUAGGAAUGAUAAUUGACGAAAAUGGUAUUAAAUUACAAAGCCAUAUCGUCGAAAAAAUAUCCGUUUUUCCAGAUAAAUUAAUUGAUAAAAAGCAAGUACAAAGCUUUUUAGGGAUACUUAACUAUGCAUCGGAUUAUAUUCAAAAUUUGGCUGAACUAAGAAAGCCAUUUCAAGAAUUAUUAAAAAAGGAUAAGAGCUUUGAAUUUAACGAAGUCUUAAUGAAAAAAGUAAAUGAUAUUAAAUCUAUUUGUAAAAACUUACCAAAAUUACAAUUACCAAAAGAUAGUGAUGAUUUAAUUUUAAAAACAGAUGCUUCGGAACAGUGUUGGAGCGGAGUAUUAAAAAAGAUAGAUUAUGAUCUUAAUAAAAAUAAGAUAGGAGAAAGUCUAUGUAGAUAUUGUUCCGGAACCUUUUCGGAUACACAAACUAGAUAUCAUAUUAAUGAAAAAGAAUUAUUAGCCAUAGUAAAAAGUUGUCAAAAAUUAUAUUACUUUUUACUACCAAAACGAUUUACUCUUAGAACUGAUAAUACUCAAGUAAAGGCUUUUGUUCAUAAUAAUCUUUCGUCAAAAUCGGAAUAUAAACGAUUUAUUAGAUGGCAAAUGCUUUUGUCUGAAUAUUCUUUUGAUAUUGAAAUUAUUCGCUCUAAUAAAAAUAUUGCAGCAGAUUUUCUCACCAGAGAUGGAAAGAAUUAAAGACAAUCUUUAAGAUAUUGAUAAAAGAUUUAAAGAUAUUCAAAAGGCAGUUUCAGAUAUUAUCGAAAUUGCUAAUUUCGAUUGUGAACAACUGAUUGCUGACAAAUUAAUCAGCGUAUGUGCCCAGAUAACGUCCAAAAUUGGACAAUGCAGCGAUUCUUAUGAUAUUGUUAAUAGCUUGAUAAAAGCUAAUAAAGAUGAUAAUACCUCGACAAAUACUGAAGAAAAAAAUAAGUAUGAAAAUAUAUCUUUUAGGCCCCAAUUGCCUCAAAAAGGAGUUACUUUGGGAUAUAAAGAAAAAUUCGAUAAGAUACUUCAAGUCAUUGGAGAUCAAGAACAGAUAAUGAGAGAUUUAUUUUCUCUUAAAAUUACUCCCAACAGAUACAUCGAUUUUACGGGGAUAUAUCCUCGAAUCAAUUAUUUGCAAGAUUCAUCCCCCCAAGAAAUUAGAUACUGGUAUGAUUUUGGAGCGAUAAAUUCUAUUUAUCUUACUUCUCCAAAUUUUCUGGAAAUUAGUAGAUUACCGUCAUGGGUACAAGACGGAGUUAAAGAUUGUUAUCUGAAUAACCCAACGAUUACCAUCAAAGAUAUUUUGGUCCUUAAGUUUAUUUUCGCCGGAUCAGAUUUCUAUAAAGAAGAAAGAUAUCCUGCCUACCAUUUUAUGCAAAUUGGAAAGGCCGAUGAUUUUAAUAUUGUAAAUAAUUUUCAAGAAAAGAUAUUUCAGAGAUUCACCAACAAAGAUGUCCAUUAUAGACGUGCUAUUGGAUUAAGAAUUGUGUUGCAAAACAUGGAACAUAGUUUCAAAAGAGGAUUCAGGACCUAUGGAGGAACGAAAAUACAUUCCUCAAUUAUGAUUGCCCCUGCUAAAACUACACCACCAUCGGCAAAAAGAUAUAUGCAAAUCAAGAUAGACCUGAUUAAUAAGGGAAUUAUUAGAUCAAGUCCACAAGCACAACAACGAUUAUGUGAGAUGAGAAAGCACGCCAAAGGGAUGUGUGAAUUUUGCUCUCCGAGAAAAGAAAAGAUAAUUGAAGAUGUCAUGUCCACAUCAUCCGAAUAAAGCUCUUACUGUGAAAAAAGAGAUAAAGAUCAAGAUAUAGAAGAUAAGGAUUCAUUUUAGAGACACAUUUGUCAUUUUGUGAUAGGUGGUCCUACUAUCUUGGCUACUUUGACAAAUGGAAGAAGAAGAUAGAAAUAAAAAAGGCAAGAAGACACACAAGAAAUCAAAGAUAGAAGAAAAGACAAAGGAGAAGAUAGUGACAUAUAUCUAACCUUUUGUCAUUUUGUAAUAAGAUAUGAUAGUGACUAAUAGCUAAUAUUUUGUCAUUUUGUAAUAAUUUUAGCGUAGAAAAUAAGAGGAAGAUGACACUUUUGUCAUUUUGUAAGAUAGAAUAGUCUUUAGAUGUUUAGGAUAGAUAUAAGGUCAUUAUCAAUUUAUUUUCUAAUUUUGAAGUCCGUAGUUGAAAUUCGUCUCCUUCAUCUAUAAAAGGAGAUAAUGUGUAACACAGGAGGGGAUCGAUCAGAAAAGAACCUCAAAAAUUUUCCUCUCUUUUGUAAAAUACCCCACUACCAAGAUAUGAAUAAAAACUAAGAAGUUUUUGAGUUACUUUCUGGAGCAAAUAUUAUUAUUACUGUUAUAAUCUUUUUCCUUUUAUAAAAAGUCAAGUCUCCCAUUCCAUAUCACCCUUACGCCUUAGAGUAGAAAACGAACUAAGGCUGUGCUGAAUUACGCUGAAGGAACGUCAUAAAAGUUACCUGUUUUCAGGUUGGGAUUGCAAUAUCCGGUAAAAGUCUCGAUGGAUACCCGGUGUAAUUUUGGUCAAAAAGAGACAGAGUGACAUCGUUUGGAGCUAGCCCAAAAUGGAAAGGCCCCAGUUUAGUGAUUCGUAUGUGGUUUCGGCCUUGAGUUCCCAGUUCGAGCCACCCCAGCACACGCUUGAUAAUUCGUAGCUAUGCCAGAUAUGGAUUGUGGUGAGCUCUCGACAUUCAGAGACUUGCUAAGUUCCUUCUUUUAUACUGGCUACUAUUUUGUAUUUUGGGAUAGUCCGUCCUGUAUUAUAUAUAUAUAUAUAUAUAUUGUCAACUUUUGUAUUUAGUAUCUCCUGUAUAGGUGACACCAGGUCCCGGAUUUGGUCUAGCGUCAAUUCAUCAUUUUUAGUCACUUUUGGGCCUUUUGUAUAUAUUUGUAUUGUAUUUACAUAUCUAUACAUUGGCCUGACUUUUCUUUUAAUUAUAUUCUUCU